CAUGGCUUCUCCUUCUGUGUCAUCACAUUAGUGGAAUUUCUUCUCGGCCGCGUGGUCUGUCGCCGGGACGUUCCUGCCGCCCGGUGUCAUUUCAGUGCCUUGUUUCUGCAGACGUGGAUCGGGAACAGAAGAAGAAAGUAUCGGUUAAUGGGCAUUGAGGUCCCGCCGCCCCGCGGGGGUCCCGCCACCUUCUCUGAGCAGCUGGAAUCUGCCUCAUCUCUGACUCUGUCUGAAGAUCCAAUGGCGGAGGUGGUGGAGGAAAACGACCGCCACGAUGAAGUGUCUAUUUGCCUUUCUGAAGAAAGCUCCCAAGCGGACGAUGUGCACGAGGUGGGACGGAACGAGGACCUCGGCAUCAAGGAGGACAGUCAGGACAUGGCGCCUCCACACAGUGUGAAAGUGGAAGCCCCCGAGGAGGAGAUGAGCGACACCAUGGGCAAGUUUGACGUGGAACAGAUGCGAUCGCUCCUGGAUUAUAAGAAUGAAGAUGUGAGAUACAUGGAGAGCGAACUAGAAAGGUACAAACAGAAGUACACGGAGCUGCAGGCCUUCACCAGGAGCCUCAUACACACCAUACGAACCAACGACCGCGACCAACAACAGAUUCUGCUCUCGGAGCCGCCUCUAGACCUGGAUGACAUGGACUUCAGCCACAUGUCUCCGGACGCCGACGAUACCUCAUACAGCGUCUCCUCCAUGUCCGAAGGAACAGCCCAGACAUUGUGUGAACGGCCGGACUCCGGCCGCAAAGAACUGAUGGAUUUUACUAAAGUUUAGAAAAAGAAGAAAUAAUAAAAAAAUAAAAAAACUAAAAUUUUAAAAUCCUGUAACUUAUUUUCAUCAAGUGGAGAUAGAAUCUAUUUUGCAUCGUGGAAAUAUAAAUCAGAGAGGAAAUAAACGUCUAACAUGGAGGAGGCGUGCCGCACAGGCUUACUCGCGGACCGGGGGUCUCCAUCAUUCCUCCAAUCAGAGGCAGACAUUAAAGUCUAUUGGUGCCUGCCCCUUUAAGAGUGUUGCCCCCUGUCAUCCUGGAGUCCCCUCUUCCAUCAGCCUGGAACAUUCCUGCUCCUCAUUCUUUUUACUUGUAUCUGGUUCUAGGAAAGGUAGGUGACAACCAGCACAUCCGGUCACCCAGCUUUCCAGGAGUCCUGAUAGGCAGAUGCUCCGAUCCCCCCGACCUUCCAAGAGUCCCGAUGUGUGCGGCCGUUCUCCAGAAAUCUCCGGAUUAUCCAGGUCCUCACAUUUCUGGUUUCUACAAUGUAGCAGUUUGUGGCCAACUGUUUUCCCACGCCGGCAGUUGUCAGGCUUUGUGCAGUCAGUACAGAGGUCAGGGUUGUCAGGUUCUCAUGUUCUUGCCUAUAAUGAGAAUGUGCUGGA